AUGACCGAUGAUUACAAAUUGGUGAGACUUGUGUAUCACCCACACACUUAUCAUUCACUUGUGGAUCACAUUCAUCGACACACUUAUCAUUCAAAUCUAAAUGUUCCACCUCUGGUUGAGAUUUAUAUGCUUCUUACCAGCAUAUGGCACUCUAUUACAACUCCCGAUCCUCCCUACAUCAUAGCUCGUCGGUCCUCAUUGGUUUUUGUGAAUGGAGCAAUCCACUGGAUCGCACACAUUCUACAUGAUCUACAAUUUCGCAAUGUUAUCAUGUUGUUUAAUAUGAAGGAUGAGGCCUUUGGUGAAGUGGCUUUGCCUCAGAGUUUACAAGAACCAGACGACUUGCACUUCAGUUUGGCGCUACUUGAUGGGUUGCUUGCGCUUGUCUCUUGUGAACAUCACCUCCAUGGCUAUGCGUGUCUAACUGUGUGGGUGAUGAAAGAGUAUGGAGUGGUGAAAUCUUGGACUCAUCUGUUUGAUGUUGAAAGUUGGGAGCUAACGUGCAUCUUUGACAAGGUGAUAGUCUUUACAAAGAGUGGUGAAGUUCUAGUGGACAAUGGCAUUUCUUUAGGACCAAGUAGCCAAGGUUAUGUGGAUCUUCACAAUUGUUACCCAAGGGAGAAUUUUUUUGGGAUUUUUUUGGAUACUUAUGUGGAGAGCCUUGUUCUACUCAAUAUAACAAACCAAGUUCCGAGGCGACAUGGGUGUUCGUCUAGUGGUAGUUAG